GAGAGGACGUGUUAAAAAGUCCUUGUUCUCCGAUGUACAUGUGAUGGAGUUUGCAAACAGAAUUGUUUAUUUGUUGUUAACUUUUCAUUCUGUUUUUUGUGUGGAAUUAUUCCCAGAAGUUAUACAAACAGACGAACAGGUGGAGUUCAAAGAAUGUUACGGAACCAGCGUCGGAUUCGCCAUUUCCGGUAAUCUGUCCGACCACUACCAGGCUCUGCGACGUCACUUUCAUGGCUGCACGUUCGUCAACGGCAACCUCGAGAUCACCAACCUCGUUUCCAUGGAGAUACAUUACGACCUUGACUUUUUGAAGGACAUAGAGAUCGUCACCGGAUAUGUUCUCAUCGGGUUGGUGACAGAAGUGGAUACGAUCUCACUUCCCAAGCUGAUUCUGAUUCGAGCAGACAGCACGUUUGCCGUUCUCGGGUCAGAGUAUGGCCUUGUGGUGACCUUGACCUCUCGCAAUGAGACCAGUGGAUUGCGAACCUUGCAUAUGCCAGCAUUGAAAGAAAUUUCUCGCGGACAAGUUCUGUUCCUAGAAAAUCCACUACUGUGUCACGUGGACACGAUCGACUGGGAUCACAUGACACCGAACCGAGAAAAUGUUUUACACAUGAUAAAACAAGGUCAUUCUAAGAACUGUGAGCCGUGUUCGUCACACUGUCUUGCUAAAAACGUCAGUCGAUGUUGGGGACCCGAAGACAAUCUUUGCCAACAAGUGAACAGCAUGCAUUGUACAUCCAUGUGUCUGAACCACUGUUUUGACACAGGCGUAUUCGGUUGCUGUCACCCGGAGUGUGCUGUGGGUUGCACUGGUCCCCUGGAUACAGACUGUCAUAUGUGCAAGUACUUCAAGCACAAUGACCGGUGUGUUUCUUCUUGUCCUGACGACCAUUACUUCGCUGGACAGCAUUGUAUACUCAACCCUUUCCUGUUCACCUCAACUGACAACGAGCAUCCGAGCAUGUUAGAAUUCCAACACGCAACAGAAGCAGAAACCAAAAUGGCUGAACUGAAUCCAGUACAAACUGAGUCAAAGGGUGUGAACUCUCGACAAACAGCUGAUGACCAAGCUUACUCGGAUUUCGACACAGACAUUGUGGAUGACUACUUCCGACUUCACUACACUGUAAAUGAUCCUUUUACUGGUGAGGACAGUUCACCAGACUCGUCCACCAGUCCUCAAGCAAUCACAGAAAAUGCUGCCACUCCACUCUUUAACACAGAUACGGCUACCAGCACCUACCAAUUGGCCGAUGUCGAAAUUAUGGUUACCAACAGCAAACAUAUUGCUGAUGAGUCGCCGAGCACAGCAUAUGAUUCAUUACAACAUUACUUGUCACCAGCUGAUGCUACAGCUGCCAUAGAAUCACCGACGUCUGCAGAUCCUGAUCCACCUCUGAAUGAUGGACCUAUAGAAACUGAUGUCAGCACUGCAGUCUCAGAAAGUGAAAUAAAGCAAAUAACUACAGCCACUAGCACACCCGAUGAGAACACGGUUAAAGAUCCCGCCGAACCAGAAUCAACAAAUCUGACCAAUUCCACUGAAGAAAUAUCUCAUGUCUCUGUUACUGCUGACUCAGUUGGCGAUGAUAAUGGAAACUACACAGCCACCGUAAUGACUAAUGAUAGUGCGGUUUACAAGGAUGGCGAUUUUAAACAAACCAAUCAUAGCAAGUCGUACGAAGGUGUGGAUUUGAAAUACACCAAUGAGAACAUGAUAUCUCAUGAUGAUUAUGAUGAUGAUGAUAAUGAUACACAAUAAUAACUACAUAUGGAAAUACCAUAAGAUGUUUCAAUAACAAAGGUUUUAUUAAAUAAUUUCAAAUGCCAUGAAAUUCCAAACGUCUGCGAUAGCAGAUUACCAAAAAGUUACAAUAUCUGUAGACUGCUGAAAUCGCAAGACCUGUGAUGACAAAUGACUUAAACAUAUUACACCAUAUAAACUGCUGAUAUGGCAAAGGUUUGCAAUGACAAAUGACCAAAUUAUCAACUGAAAAUUAUUUAAAAGAGUUAACAUUGCUGACGAAUUCCCAGCAUCUGUUGAUAUUGAUUUGGAGUUGUACUAAAUGAGUUACGAAUUGACAGAAGAAUCCUGAGUGUGUUUAAGCCAACAUUGUUUCUGAUAAAAUGGUGAUAAAUAGAGGUUAUUACCCGAGUAUUUUUCGGUAUCAUCAAUAUCAUAUAUUAGGAAUAAAAAUUGUAUAAUGCAAGCAUAAUACAUUAUUUUUAUUCCUAAUAUAUGAUAUUGAC